AUGUACCCACUCCUCUACUUCCUUUCAGGACUCAUCCCAUCCACACUCGAUUACUAUUUCAAUUGUAGUCGCGCCACGUGCGGAUUGCGAUUUUUCUGCAAAAAUAAAAAUUGUACAAUCACACGUUUGCAACAAGCAAUGCAAGUCUCCCAUUAUCGAUUCUUUCUACAAUCUAUCUAUCUAAUAUGUCUAGAGCUAGUAGAAAUGUCUAAUAAUGAAGCUCCUAUCAUUCCUGUUACAAAUUUUAGCAUUUCUUCAUCAGGGACUUCGGCUUAUUUUACGCUUGUUCUCAGUUCUUUGCCUCUUAGUAAGGGCUCCGAGGUUCCAGGCCAUGCAUUCUCCGAUAUGAUGCCUUAA